CUCUAAUAUUUUAAACUGAUUCCUUGUGGUUUAAGUUCAUCGAUAUGUUUGUUUAGAAAAGCUAUGAGGGAUUUUAUGUCUAUGGAGGUAGUCCGAUGGAACGUCCUUUGUUUACUGUUGACGAUUGCCGUCACGCAAGGAGAUUUGAUGCUUACAGCCGACAAACAGUAUGCUCAACUUCAAGGUAAUAUAACGCUAACCUGCAACACGAGUGAAAGCGUUACAUUGGUUGAGUUUCAGAGGGGUGUAUCCGGUUUGGGAAAAUGCGAAAUAGAGUUGGGAUGUUCGACAUCAAAUGAAAGCAAAUUUAUUUUGAACAGCAAUUCUGCCUGUUGGAUACGACAUGUACACCUUAACGAUAACGAAUUUUGAAGUGAACGAUACAGGCUUGUAUCGAUGCCUCACAUUGGAUGACUCUUGGCAGGACUCUUUCAUACAAAUCACUCAUGCAGGAGAUUUGAUGCUUACAGCCGACAAACAGUAUGCUCAACUUCAAGGUAAUAUAACGCUAACCUGCAACACGAGUGAAAGCGUUACAUUGGUUGAGUUUUGGAGGGGUGUAUCCCUUUUGGGAAAAUGCGAAAUAGAGUUGGGAUGUUCGACAUCAAAUGAAAGCAAAUUUAUUUUGAACAGCAAUUUACAGCCUGUUGGAUACGACAUGUACACCUUAACGAUAACGAAUUUUGAAGUGAACGAUACAGGCUUGUAUCGAUGCCUCACAUGGGAUGACUCUUGGCAGGACUCUUUCAUACAAAUCACUCAUGCAGGAGAUUUGAUGCUUACAGCCGACAAACAGUAUGCUCAACUUCAAGGUAAUAUAACGCUAACCUGCAACACGAGUGAAAGCGUAAAAUUGGUUGAGUUUCAGAGCAGUGUACCAGGUUUGGGAAAAUGCGAAAUAGAGUUGGGAUGUUCGACAUCAAAUGAAAGCAAAUUUAUUUUGAACAGCAAUUUACAGCCUGUUGGAUACGACAUGUACACCUUAACGAUAACGAAUUUUGAAGUGAACGAUACAGGCUUGUAUCGAUGCCUCACAUUGGAUGACUCUUGGCAGGACUCUUUCAUACAAAUCACUCAUGCAGUGGACAUUAACUCAGUGAAUCUAACUCCAAAGACUAACCUUAUAUCGGUAAUUGAAAAUGUUCCACAGAUUUUCCAGUGCGUUACGUCAACGUGUCGUCCGGUGGCCACAAUAUCGUGGUAUCUGGGUUCCAAGCUAAUCAAAACUGGCAAAGAGUCCAAUACCUUACAAGACGUCACUACAAGUACACUUAAUUACACAUUCAAGAAAAAACACCAGGACAAGCGAAUCAUCUGUCGAGGAAGUAAUGGUGGUCAAGUACUCACAUCUGAUAAUCAACCAAGACUUAACGUUCUUUUUCCUCCCGUGGUUAAGCCGCUGACGAACGUUACAGUACUCGAAGAAGGCACAGUUUCUGUGGUUUGUGAAGUAACUGCUGGUGUUCCGAGCAAGAACGACUUUAAAUGGGAUAGAAUGUCUGAUAGUACCAACGUCUCCAUGGAGCAGUCUCUUAGUAUCGCCAACAUUGAUCGAAAACAGACUGGAUACUACAGAUGUACAGCUUCGAACUACAUGGAACCUACAGGGCAUGACGCAACCGUCGGCAUCAGCAGCAAUACAGUCUACAUUGAUGUGCAAUAUGAAGCAGAAGUGACGAGUUUUACAUUAUUGAAUGCUUAUCACGGGCAAAACUUUGAAGUAAAUGAAAACACACAAGUCAUAUUUUAUUGCCAAGCUCAUAGUAAUCCAUCAUCAAAUUUAGCAUUGUUAAAGCAAAGCCAAUAUUUGAAAACAACCAGUGACGCAAAACAAUUGGAUUUCACGAUCAACAAAAGUGUUUGUGAAGACGAAGGCAUUUACCAGUGUACAGCACAAAACGAACAUAAUACUAAAGCUAAUAUCAGGUCCUUGGAGCUAUUUGUUCGAUGUGCUCCUCGUGCAUCAGCAUUGUCCCAGAGAGACCAGAACGUCACAAUUGCACCUGGAGAGCCUGCAGCGUUUACUCUUAAGUUAGUAGCGUUUCCGCGACCAAGAGCUAAGGACUUUGUUUGGGAAAAGAAGGUUUCGGCGUCUAGUACAUGGAAUAUUGUUUCUAAUGACACAGACAUCGUCAUAACUAUUUCUACAGACGGACUUCAAACUAAAUUAUUCUUCAGUUCCGUAGAUGAAAAGGAUUUCGGGUAUUACCGCGUACAUGUCAACAACGAGCUUGGAAACUAUACUGAAACGUUUCUACUGCAGGCACAAGAUGACAGUGCUGGUUCAGUUAUUGCCGGUGCUGUGUGCGGAACUCUUGCGGUAGUUGUAGUCGUAACUGUGGUCGUGGUUAUUCUUAGACGGAAGUAUACAGUGAACUGUAACUUUGAAAGAAAAAGAGAUCCGAUACAGACAAUCCUGAAAAUAACGCAGUUCAUACGUACGAUGAAUUAUCCGUGCCAAAUGCCGCAUCGGUUAACGACGCGCUAAACGAUCGAGGAAAUGGACCCGACGACCCGGAUUUGUAUACACCGUUGGAUGAGUCAAGGUCAACGAAUGCUGAGCACUACGAAGAUGUUAGCGCGAAGAAAGGUAUGAUCUAGUUAAACUUAUGGUAAAAAUUCGCGUAAACAAUUAUACCACUGGGAUGUUUUAAUUCAACAUAUAAAAAAUGAAAUUGCAACAA